CUCUCCUGGAGUAGACAUCAGGAUCCCAGGCUUUGGUGGAACUAAGACUGUAGAAUGGCUGGACUCUAGUGAAAUAUCACCUACCUCCUAUUUUUCGGUUAUGGUCCAGGACUUGUUAAGCAUGGGCUAUGUAAGGAACCAGUCUGUGAGAGGAGCACCAUAUGACUUCAGGAAAGCACCAAAUGAGCAGGCAGAUUUUUUCCUGAAAUUCAAGCAGCUGAUAGAGGAAACGUUCACUAUGAACAACAACAGCCGCGUAGUGUUGGUGGGUCACAGUAUGGGUAAUAUGUACACCCUGUACUUCCUCAACCACCAGCCACAGCAGUGGAAAGACAAAUAUAUCAGGUCCUUUGUGUCCUUGGCAGGGCCAUGGGGAGGAGCAGCAAAAACACUCAGGCUUAUGUCUUCUGGUGAUAGUUUGGGUUUCUACUCCAUAAUCCUGAACCCACUGGAGAUUCGCCCACAACAGAGGUCAAUGCCCAGCACUGCUUGGCUUUUACCCACAGACUCUGUCUGGAGCCCAGACGAUGUCCUCGUCAGCAGGCCAGGUUACAACUACACAUUGAAAGACUAUAAAAAGUUCUUUCAGGAUCUUAACUUCAUGGACGGCUGGUACAUGAGACAGGACACAGAGGGAUUGACGAGGAAGUUGUCGCCACCUGGUGUCGAGGUGCACUGUGUCCACGGAUUGGGGGUGAAGACGCCGGCGGCGUUUUCGUUCACGGAAAAGCAGUGGCCGGAUUCUCAGCCCACGGUGACAUACAGUAAUGGGGAUGGGACGGUGAACAGUAGAAGUCUUGAAGGCUGUUUGCUGUGGCAGGAGAGGCAACCCCAGAGUGUGUACCAUUAUGUCAUUCCCAAUGCCGAACAUAUGCAACUUCUCUACAAUGCAGAUGCUAUUAAGAUUAUUAAGAAAGUCGCAGGUAGCGACACUCCUUGAAGUAAAAACGCAUGUACACAGGGAGAGGGAAAAGUUGCCUUAAAUGGUUGUGCCAAAAUUAUCAAGAUUUCUGUAUUCAGGGAUUCUGUACUAGUUAAUGUUAGCUGUUGUCAUGACAACUGAUACUAGUUAAUACUCGUGGGUUGCAAAGAUGUGUUGGGAACAUGUCAGGAUGUGACUUGUUAUUUUUGUUCCAAAGUUAUAAGAACCCAUUGAUGCAACAAAAUAUGGGGAACAGUUUAAAACCAAGUUCCUCAGAAAAUCACCUUUUUGUUUUUUUUUUUUUUU